AUGCAUAUCCAGUCGAUUCCUAUGUGGACGGGAAGUAGUGAUAACUACGCCUACUUGGUCGUCGAUGACAAAUCCAGAGACGCCGUUAUCAUUGACCCUGCACAUCCCGAGGAAGUGGCACCCGUAUUAGAGCGGCAGAUAAAUGAAGGCAAGAUCAACCUAACUGCGAUCGUCAAUACACAUCACCAUUGGGACCAUGCGGGUGGAAACAAAAAGCUUGUAAGCAAGCCUGUAAUAGGUGGGAAAGACUGCGAAGGAGUUACGAAAACACCGAAAAAUGGCGAGAGCUUUAAAAUCGGGGAUAUUUCCGUCAAAGCAUUGUAUACACCAUGUCAUACGCAGGAUAGCAUUUGCUGGUUCAUGGAAGACAGCACCGGAAGGGUAGUGUUCACUGGAGACACUCUCUUUCAUGGAGGUAUAUUUUUUGAGGGCACAGCAGAGGAGAUGAACACGGCUUUGAAUAAGACUCUUGCUGCAAUUCCCGAUGACACAAAAGUCUUCCCUGGCCAUGAAUAUACGAAAGCCAAUGUCAAAUUUGCCAUCUCGGCUCUUCAGAGCGAGCCCGUCAAGAAGUUACAAGCCUUUGCCGAAAACAACAAGGAAACACAAGGCAAAUUCACAAUUGGCGAUGAGAAGCAACAUAAUGUGUUCAUGAGAGUUGAUGAUCCUCUGGUACAAAAAGCAACUGGGAAAACUGAUCCAGUGGAGGUUAUGAGCAAGCUUCGUGAGAUGAAGAACAGUUUCAAGAGCAAACCUGCCAAACGCCGCGCCCCGGCCCCGGCCCCGGCCCCGGCAGUGGCAUCCAUAACGCCCAAGAACCGCCUGUCCAAGCUGGCAAAAGAGCACAACAUAACCAGUGGGGAGGAACAAGAAAUCCGAGAGGCUUUUGCACUGUUUGCGCAUGAGAAGAAGGGUGAGAAAGAAGGUGUUAUAUCCAUCGGUGAUGUUAGGCGCGCCAUGAUUGCGCUUGGUAUUCCGCCAUCUCCUGAAGAACUCUCGGAGUUCAUAUCGAUUCUUGAUCCCGAUAAUGAGGGUUUCGCAAUCUUCAGCUCCUUCGUCGCAAUUUGCUCCCUCAAACUACACAAUCGUACCCGGACAUUAGAGUCACAUAACCAGGAAGUGGACGAGGCAUUCAGGUUGUUUACAAGUGGGGGAGGAGAGGAAAAGAUCACCCUUGCGACUUUAAAAAGGGUCGCGAGGUCGUUGAAGGAGGACGUUGACGAGGAGCUCUUGAGGGAUAUGAUUCUGGAAGCUAAUGGAGGCGCAGGCGUUGGCAGCGGGGUGGAGAAGGAUGAAUUCGAGAACGUUCUGAGAAGGGCUGGCGUUUGGAGGUAG